AUGACUAAGAUGGUGCUGUCGGCGCUGGACGUUGAUGUCCCCACGUCCAGCCAGCAGCUGCAGGCGUACUUCCCCUCGGAAGACCGCUUGAAGGCUGCAAAGCCGCGCGUUGCGGAAUACGCGCUCAAGAGCGUGCUGUACAAGCACCGCUCGUUUGCGUCGAUCGAAGACCCGUACCUCGCCCACAUGUUCGCUGUCGCAGUGGGUUUGAGUGCGACGAGCGUGCGCAAGAUUCUACCGUGCGAGAAGCACCUGCGUGAGGGUGUACUCGAUCGCGUUUUCCUCAAGUACCGCACCAAGAUGCAGGAGCACAUUGGGGACGGGCCUAUCUCCCUCAUCGUCGAUGAGUGGACGUCGUCUGGGACGCGCCAUACCUUUCUCGGUGUGUGUGCCCAGUUCUACAGUUCGGGAGUGCGCAUGACAAUCCCCAUCGGGUUCAAGGCGCUCACCGCCGAUCUCAUGAACGCUGUUCGCUCAACGUCUGACGACAGCGCCGAGUACGACACCACAUAUCUCUCCGCCAACGCCGAGAAUCUCGCCAAGGUGGUGAAGCUCUGUGUGACAGAGUUCGGGAUUGACUGGGUCCAGGUAGUCGCCUUGUCUAGCGACACAACGGCGCUCAUGCCCCGGAUGACAAAGCGCUUCCUCGAACUCCCGUGGCAUCCAUGUCUCUCCCACCGCAUUCAGCGCAUCGUCGGUGACGUGCUCAAGGCGGUACAGGCUGACAGUGAGCUGGAUCCUGCCUUGGUGCAAACAGACUUGGUCUCGAGCCGUGACACGGCCGUACUCGAGAUGGGCGGGGUAGGCGAGGACACGGACGACGAGGACGUCGAAAACGAGGAUGGGUUCUCGGAGGUGGCAUCGUUGUCGUCGUCAGAGUGGCCGACGCUGAGUGAUACCGUUGCAUCCGAUGACUUUGCCUCUGCCCCGCUCGUGGGAAGCACUGACGCAAUUUCUAAGCUGCGCCGCCUUGUCUCUUUCAUCUCUCGCUCGUCCAAGGCCAAGCGCACGAUGCGCCACUUCAUCAACAAGAAGAACAUCGAGGCUACGCACGCAUACAAGUCCGCGCUGAACUCAUAUGAGAUGGAUGUCCAGCUUGGUCAAGUAACCGUGGAUGACAAACCGUCUCCACCCGUCCUGGUAACAUACACGUCGUUGCGGCCGGACGUGAGUACUCGCUGGGGCUCGACGGUGACUAUGCUGGAACGGGCGUCGAGGAUGAAGGAUGCCGUGGAUUUUGUUUCGACUGAGAUCGCGGGUGCCCCGGCUAAGUUGACCGCGAGCGAGUGGGACGAGGUACAUGACGCUGUGGAGGUACUCCUCACGAUCAACAACUCGUGCGUCAUGUCUCAGACGUCCGAUAUGUCGUCCUCCCUUUCGCUCCUUACGAUGGUGGGGAUUGUGGACGAUCUGGCAGAGCUCAAGAUCAACAACGAGGAUAUCCCUAGGAUCCAACAGCUGUGCGACAUCGCCACCCAGGCAGUGUACAAACAGGUUGCGUACUUGUACAAAGAGGAUGCGUGCCUCUUUGCUCUCCUUAUUGACACGACUGUCACCAAGGACGACCUUAUGUAUGUCCAGGGAGUUGUCGCCGACGCCAACAACUCGCUUGGUGUGCGCCAUCUGGCGACCGCUGCUGAGGUCCACCAUGACAUGUGGCGUCGCUUGGCAGACGUCCUUGAGCCCAAGCUCCUGGACAUUCUAUCCACGCUCCCGUCGCAUACUGCGGCGUCAUCGAGCGGAGCGAGCAACACGCUGCCGCAAGAAUCGCGGGACCCCACGUACUUUUCCCCGAGUAUGUCUGCUGCCGGUGGGCCAUCCAAGGUGGUAAUGGCUGAGCCGGCUUCAUCGCCACAGGCGCGCUCGCGGAUGGCCGCGGAGCGCGAGGCGCGCGCUCGUAACAUUGCCAAGCGCGAGAAGAACGCGGGGAAGCGCCUGCGCGCGAAGAGCGUUGAUGAGGUUCGCGGCUGCAAGGUGCGAAAGAUGACGGUGAACGAUACGCCUGCGUCUGUGGCUUCGUUCAGCAACUACAAGCUCGUCGAAGUGUUCUGCAAGGUUCUCACGGCUACGUUGUACAACAGUCGGCUAAUCUCUACCUCUUCAAGUUUGUCCGUAGGCGACGUGUUGGCUAAGUUUGAGGACGUGUGCGUCGGUCUCGAGUCUCGCAAGAACUGGAACCGCAAGGCUGACGUACGGCGGAUCCAGGUGCUGUGUGCGAGGUUCCGCUUGUGGGGCCAGGGGAUCCUUCUUCCAUCGGCCUCCGCUGCCAGCGUCGAACGGCUCAACUCGGUGGCGACAGACAUGAUGACGAGGAAGCGGAACCGCCUCUCGGCUCUGCGCGCCGAGAAGAUGAUGCUCCUGCGUGCAUGGAUGCUUUUCGACUUUGAGCUGACGAAGAAACUGUAGUGACGAUACGCAUCAGCUGUUAGUCAUUUAGUCAGUCAUUAGAAUCAGUUAGUUAGUCAC